CUCAAACUCACUCGCUGUUUGCCACGGAUUGCCUGUCCUACUAUCCCUUCGAUUCAAGACACGUGGCUAGCUUCUUUCGUCUCAAUAUCACCCCCUCUCCAUCCCCAUCCCCCCCCCCCGCCCCACCUCUUCCUCCACUUAAUCUUUCACUCCACCGCCUGCCCUCGUCGUUCCGAUCGCUAAACUUUCCCUUCUAUCCAUCCUUCCUAGUUGCCAGGACGCCCCUCCUGCUGCGUUCUACGCUCGCAUAAGAUGCCUAUUCGACUACGACUACGAGCCCCUGGUGGAGUAACCCACACUGUCUCGCUUCCCGACGAUGCAGCCGUUUCCGAUCUUCUCACCUCCAUCUCAGAAUCCACCUCGCUGCCCCUCUUCGAUUUAAAAUGGGGUUAUCCGCCGCAGCCGCUCGAUCCUUCCCUCUACGGCAUGUCUACCCUCCUCAGCGACACCGACCUCAAGCUCAACGGCGCGCAGCUCAUUGUCAUCGCCCAAGAAACCGGAGAGGAGGCCCUUGCCCCUCACUCCGAGCAAUCGUCCAGCCAAAGCCAAUCUGCCCCCCUCUCACUCAAGAGGAAGCAGAAGCCAGAGCUAAAGGAUACCCCUGAGAUACCCCUCCCUUCACAUGGCGGCACCGUCGUCCUCCGCGUCAUGCCCGACGACAACUCCUGCAUGUUCCGAGCGCUCGGCAGCGCGGUCCUAUCGUCGUCUCUCGAUUCUAUGACAGAACUACGCUCAAUGGUCGCUCAGGCUAUUCAAUCGGAUACAGAAAUGUAUAAUGAGGCGGUGCUGCAGAGAACGCCGGACGAGUACUGCAAGUGGAUACAGUAUUCGGACUCGUGGGGAGGCGGCAUCGAGCUAUCCAUCCUCUCCCAGGAGUUCGAUAUAGAGAUCUGCAGUAUCAACGUCCAAGAUUUGCGCGUGGACAGGUUCAGUGAGGGUAAGAGCAGGCGCUGCAUCCUCGUCUACUCCGGCAUUCACUACGACACGAUCGCUUUUGUCCCGGACGACGCUGCGAAUACCGACUCGGACAACGACGUCAAGAUAUUCGACUCCAGUGAUGAUGUUUUGCUCGAAGCUGCAAGGCAGCUUUGCGGAGAGCUGAAGAAGAAACACUACUACACCGAUACUCAGCGCUUCGACAUCAAGUGCAACAAAUGCAGUUGGAAAGGCAAGGGCGAGAUGGCAGCGGUUGAGCACGCAACAGCUACAGGACACAGUGAUUUUGGGGAGGCGCAUUGAGGACCAGGAACGAUUUGGCACUCACUCAAGCUGAGUGUAACACGUGAUUCUUAGAUAAGCUUUGGUUUCGUCGGAAUAUACCACUGGAGAGAUGCAUCACUAUGCUUGGAAUCUGGAGUCUGACGUGUAUACCCUCGAGGCAUCUUGGACCACAUCGUUAUAAGCUAAAGGAACAAUCCAUGAGGCAUUCUGAAGGUGUAAACAAUGGAUUCCUGCUGUCAGUAAGUUCCCUUCUAUUUGCAUUUUCAAUUAUCGCCAUCUCUGU